AGGCCGGAGCCCGAGAGUCAGGAUAAAGAGGCGACUGUUGAGAGACCUCUCUCUGUUGGAUAACAUGUCAACUCCCGAUCCUCCAAUGGGCGGGACCCCUCGCCCAGGCCCCUCUCCUGGCCCAGGGCCCUCCCCUGGGGCGAUGCUGGGCCCCAGUCCUGGCCCCUCUCCCGGCUCCACACACAGCAUGAUGGGACCGAGUCCUGGACCCCCGUCCACAGGCCAUUCCAUGCCCCCCCAAGGACCGGGAGGAUAUCCCCCUGACAGCAUGCACCAGCUCCACAAGGCCAUGGAGUCCAUGCACGAGAAGGGAAUGUCUGAUGACCCUCGCUACGGGCAGAUCAAGUCUAUGGGCAUGAGAUCCGGGGCGCACAGCGGCAUGGGACCCCCACCCAGCCCCAUGGAGCAACAUUCCCAAGGCUACCCGUCCCCUCUUGGAGGCCCAGAACAUGCCCCGAGUCCUGUACCUGCCAACGGCCCCCCAACGGGACCGCCAAUGCCUUCUGGACCGGGAGGAGUACCGAUGGAUGGUGGAGACCCCCAGAAUUUAGCACAGCUAAACCGCGGCCCGUCUCCUUUCAACCAAGGUCAGCUGCACCAGCUGCGGGCUCAGAUCAUGGCUUAUAAGAUGCUGGCGAGAGGCCAACCCAUUCCCGAUCACAUCCAGCUGGCCAUCCAAGGCAAGAGACCCCUUCCUGGUGUCCAGCAGCAAAUGCCAUCACUGCCUCCCCCCUCUGCCUCCGGGACUGGAGCUGGGACUGGGGCCACCCCGGGAAACUAUAAUCGGCCACUCGGAGAAACCAGUCUCAAUCGACCACUACGCUCCAGUGACAUGACAGCCCUCAGGAUGGGAGGAUCCAACAUGCUGCCUCCAGGAGCCUCUGGAGUCAGCCAGGGAAUGCCAUGCCAGCCUCCUGGCCCGCCAAAAUCCUGGCCAGAAGGCUCAAUGGCGAACGCUACUGCUCCGACCAGCGCUCCUCAGAAACUGGCUCCACCACAACCCACCGGCCGGCCUUCACCAGCUCCCCCCGCAGUGCCCCCAGCUGCGUCCCCCGUCAUGCCCCCUCAGACGCAGUCACCGGGGCAACCAACUCAGCCAGCCCCCAUGGUACAGCUCCAUUCGAAACAAAACCGCAUUACCCCCAUUCAGAAACCACGAGGGCUCGAUCCCGUCGAACUCCUCCAGGAACGGGAAUACAGGCUCCAAGCACGGAUUUCCCAUCGGAUUCAAGAGCUGGAGAAUCUCCCAGGGUCUCUAGCGGGCGACCUGCGAACCAAAGCCACCAUUGAACUCAAAGCUCUGCGGCUUCUGAACUUUCAGAGGCAGCUGCGUCAGGAGGUGGUGGUGUGUAUGAGGAGGGACACGGCGCUGGAGACGGCAUUGAACUCCAAGGCGUAUAAACGCAGCAAGCGUCAGUCGCUGCGAGAGGCGCGCAUCACAGAGAAACUGGAAAAGCAGCAGAAAAUCGAGCAGGAACGCAAACGCCGACAGAAGCACCAGGAAUACCUCAACAGCAUCCUGCAGCAUGCCAAGGACUUCAAAGAGUACCACCGCUCAGUCACUGGGAAGAUGCAGAAACUCACAAAAGCAGUAGCCACCUAUCACGCUAACACCGAGCGAGAGCAGAAGAAGGAGAACGAGCGGAUCGAGAAGGAGAGGAUGAGGCGGCUGAUGGCGGAAGAUGAGGAAGGUUAUCGGAAGCUGAUUGAUCAGAAGAAGGACCGGCGCUUGGCAUACCUGCUGCAGCAGACCGACGAGUACGUGGCCAACCUGACAGAGUUGGUGCGGCAGCACAAGGCAGUGCAGGCAGCCAAGGAGAAGAGGAAGAAGAAGAAGAGGAAGAAGCCGGAGAACGUGGAUGGCCUGGGCUCCGCUGUCGGUCCUGAUGGGGAACUUUUGGAUGAGACCAGUCAGAUGAGUGACCUGCCGGUGAAGGUGAUCCACGUGGAGAGUGGCCGGAUACUGGCUGGGGCCGACGCACCAAAGGCCGGCCAGCUGGACACCUGGUUGGAAAUGAAUCCUGGCUAUGAAGUGGCGCCGAGGUCUGACAGCGAAGACAGUGGCUCAGAGGAAGAGGAAGAGGAGGAGGAGGAGCAGCCACCCCCGCCCCCACCGCCACCGCCCCCCCCACCCUCACCUCCGGCCCCCGAGGAGAAGAAGAAAAUCCAGGACCCAGACAGCGAGGACGUCUCGGAGAUGGACGCCAGACAGAUCAUCGAGAACGCAAAGCAGGACGUGGAUGAUGAAUACAGCGCUGCCAACUCUAGUAUCCGCGGGCUCCAGUCCUACUACGCCGUGGCUCACGCAGUCACAGAGAGAGUCGACAUCCAAUCCACACUGCUCAUCAAUGGGCUGCUCAAACAGUAUCAGGUGAAGGGUCUGGAGUGGCUGGUGUCCCUGUACAACAAUAACCUGAAUGGAAUCCUCGCUGACGAGAUGGGUCUGGGGAAAACCAUUCAGACCAUCGCCUUGAUCACUUACCUCAUGGAGCACAAACGCAUUAACGGGCCCUUCCUCAUUAUCGUCCCCCUCUCGACUCUGUCAAACUGGGCCUAUGAGUUUGACAAAUGGGCACCAUCUGUGGUCAGGAUCUCAUACAAGGGCUCACCGGCUGCAAGGCGAGCUUUUGUUCCUCAGCUUCGCAGCGGGAAAUUUAACGUGCUGCUGACAACGUACGAGUACAUCAUUAAAGACAAGCACGUCCUGGCCAAGAUCCGAUGGAAAUACAUGAUUGUGGAUGAGGGACAUCGGAUGAAGAACCACCACUGUAAGCUAACCCAGGUACUGAACACGCACUACGUGGCUCCGCGACGACUGCUGCUGACCGGAACGCCCCUACAGAACAAGCUGCCGGAGCUCUGGGCUCUACUCAACUUCCUGCUGCCCACCAUCUUCAAGAGCUGCAGCACCUUCGAGCAAUGGUUUAAUGCCCCUUUCGCCAUGACGGGGGAGAAGGUGGACCUGAAUGAGGAGGAGACGAUACUCAUCAUUCGCCGUCUGCACAAGGUGCUCCGUCCCUUCCUGCUGAGGCGAUUGAAAAAGGAAGUGGAAGCUCAACUGCCUGAAAAGGUGGAGUAUGUGAUUAAGUGUGACAUGUCGGCGCUGCAGAGAGUACUGUACCGGCACAUGCAGGCCAAGGGGGUGCUGCUGACGGACGGCUCAGAGAAGGACAAAAAGGGCAAAGGAGGCACCAAGACUUUAAUGAAUACUAUUAUGCAGCUGAGAAAGAUUUGUAAUCACCCCUAUAUGUUCCAGCACAUUGAGGAAUCCUUUUCAGAACAUUUGGGGUUUACUGGAGGAAUUGUGCAAGGAGCGGACCUUUACCGAGCGUCAGGGAAGUUUGAGCUGCUGGAUCGGAUCCUCCCCAAACUGCGGGCCACAAAUCACAAGGUGCUUCUCUUCUGUCAGAUGACCUCCCUCAUGACCAUCAUGGAAGAUUACUUUGCGUAUCGUAGCUUUAAAUAUCUCCGGCUAGACGGAACCACAAAGUCUGAAGAUCGGGGGAUGCUGCUGAAAACUUUCAACGAGCCUGGUUCCCAUUAUUUCAUCUUCCUGCUGAGUACCCGCGCUGGGGGGCUGGGGCUCAAUCUACAGGCUGCAGACACUGUGGUCAUUUUUGACAGCGACUGGAACCCACACCAGGACUUGCAGGCCCAGGACCGGGCACAUCGAAUCGGACAGCUGAAUGAGGUGCGUGUGCUGCGGCUGUGCACAGUGAACAGCGUGGAAGAGAAGAUCCUGGCAGCAGCCAAAUACAAGCUGAACGUGGAUCAGAAGGUCAUCCAAGCUGGAAUGUUUGAUCAGAAGUCCUCCAGCCACGAGCGCCGGGCAUUCCUGCAGGCCAUCCUGGAGCAUGAGGAACAGGAUGAGUGUGAAGUCGUGAGCGCAGAGGUGAAAGGAUCUGAUGGACACACAGAGGAGGAUGAGGUCCCAGAUGAUGAGACCGUCAAUCAGAUGAUAGCCAGAAGUGAGGAGGAGUUUGAGCUAUUUAUGAGGAUGGAUCUGGAUCGUCGCCGGGAGGAGGCAAGGAAUCCCAAACGAAAGCCUCGGUUGAUGGAGGAGGACGAGCUUCCAAACUGGAUCCUGAAGGAUGAUGCCGAGGUGGAGAGGCUGACGUGCGAGGAGGAAGAGGAGAAGAUGUUCGGCCGAGGCUCGCGGCAGCGUAAGGAGGUGGAUUACAGCGACUCCCUAACUGAGAAACAAUGGCUCAAGGCCAUAGAAGAGGGCAAUUUGGAGGAAAUUGAAGAGGAAGUCCGUCAGAAGAAAGCCCGCAAGCGUAGUAAGCGAGACGUCGACCCACCGGUGGUCAUGGCGACCACGAGCACACGCAGCAGCAGGGAGAAGGACGACGAUGAGAAGAAGAAGAAGAAACGAGGCCGGCCGCCCGCAGAGAAGCUGUCGCCCAACCCACCCCAUCUCACCAAGAAGAUGAAGAAGACUGUAGAUGCAGUGAUCAAAUACAAGGACAGCAAUACAGGUCGACAGCUAAGCGAAGUCUUCAUCCAGCUUCCAUCUCGCAAGGAGCUGCCGGAAUAUUACGAGCUCAUCCGCAAACCUGUUGACUUCCGAAAAAUCAAGGAAAGGAUCCGCAAUCACAAGUACCGCUGCCUGAAUGACUUGGAGAGGGAUGUGAUGCUGCUGUGCCAGAACGCACAGACCUACAACCUGGAAGGAUCUCUGAUCUACGAAGACUCGAUUGUGCUGCAGUCUGUCUUCACCAGCGUGAGGCAAAAAAUUGAGAAAGAGGAGGACAGUGAAGAGGACAGUGAGGAAGGAGAGGAAGAGGAGGAAGAGGGCUCGGAAUCUGAAUCUCGCUCAGUGAAAGUGAAGAUCAGGCUGGGCAGGAAAGAGAAAGGAUCAGAUCGAGUGAAAGCUCGCAAGAGGUCGAGCCGUAUCUCCAAGUCAAAGCCUAUUGUCAGUGAUGACGACACAGAAGACGAAGUAGAUGAGGAUCGCUCGGGCAGUGGGACGGAAGAAGAUUAACGUUGGGAGAUUGUCCUGGGUGUGGAUCUAUGCUGCUGGCUCUGCUUGAAGCGCAGGAGUGAACCAGCGGCGUUGCGUUCUGCCCGUCAGCUAGCGAUGUAGUGUACGUUUUUUUAGCAUACCAUGUAAACUUGCAUAUUUAUAGCAGGAGAGAGAGGAAGGCAUGUAGGAUUAACGACUUAGUGUCUCCGAUGUCGAAGCCGGUAGUGUUCACAGUGGCAUUAACUGCACAAGUCUUUUCUGAGCUGCCAUUUUUGUACCAGAAUUCGUUCAUUCCGACCGCGCUGAGUGGCGCAGCUGCUAACUUUAGGUGUGUUGUGAUUUAAUUCUAGUUUUGGUUCCUGCUGAGAUUGUCGUACUGUGUAAUAUAUAUCCAUCAGGUUAAUUGUUAAAUUAAUCAAAUUAACCGAACGGGGACAGCAGUCAGCGUUGAAUGGGUGACUUUGACACUAACUUGCCCCGUAAAUACAUCAUUUGACCGGACGGACAGCCAGUGCGCAUCAUCCUGUACAAACAUUAUGACUUGAGAAAGUUCGGCAAAGAAAUUAGAAAUUUGGGAACUUUUUAAAAAAUAUAUAUUUCCUUUCUCCAUGCGAGCGCAACCAGUCAGUCAGUCACACGCAGUGCCUGCCUCAUUGUAGUGUGGCUUGUGUAAGCAUGUGUGUAGGAAUUCACUCCAUUACUGUACUGUAUUUUAAACAGGUCAAACCGCCCCCCACCCUUCUCUGCACCCACAGGAAAAUCAUGUACCAUCACUGAAGCUCACGAUUACCAUGGAAUAAAAUACUUGACUGUG